AUGGAGCCAGUAAUAUCGCCAACUCUAGAUUCAAAGCAGAGUUGGUCAAUAUUCAUAUUAGAUCAUGAAGAAUCGUUGGCGAGUCCACGGAAACUCAAUAUUCCCAAUCCAGAAAAUGUCUACUCGGAAAACCGGAGAUAUUUUGCUGAUCAAGAUUUUCGACGACCACGUCACAAACCUGAUCAAAACAUGGUUGAGUACUGGGUACCACCGGAGAAGACCUCGGUAGCAAAAAAUAACACAACUGGGCAGGCAGUUACCCCGGGGCAGGCAAAGAAGCUGAACCAAGUGUGCCCGGCAAGCGCUCCGAAUGGGAAACGAGCCAUGAAAAUUCCGAAAGUGAAAGAGCCACGCGGAGAGAAUUCAAGCAAAAAAAGCUCAGCAGAUCAAGCCCCUGGUCCUUUCCGGGUUAUGUACUGGAAAGUCGGUCAAUACUUUGAAAAAGCUAGUGGUACAGUCAAUCAUCAUUACCAAAAAGUUGUGCUCUUCAGAAACAGAAUGAAAGCAAAUAAAGUGGCCCCGAUACAUACGAAAGUACAAUCCCGUCAUCUUGAACUCGAACCACUAUGCUGUCUAUCAUCAUGCCUUGUAAGAGGAGGAUGUACUACUGUAGUUGUAUUUGAACUAUGUUAUGUUGUGGCAACUGCUCUUUGUAUAUUUGAAGCAAUGUUCCGGAAGAAAUUCGCUCUUUGGGAGCCAUUCCCAAAAAGUUUCAACGGCUGGUUCGCUCAUCCAUUGUUUUAUUAUACAAUUGCUGUUUACGAUGUGGCCCUCUUCGUGAUAGCCAUUGCAACAGCUCGAGCACUGGUAAAUUUCGACAAAGCAGUUCUUCACAUCCACUACAUUUUCUGUAUUUUCUCAUUUUUCAUCAACUUCUUCUUUCUUAUUUUUAGUAUUUGGUCUCUUGUCAGUCCCGGUUCACUUACAUUUACACCUAUCAAUUGCUUGCUCAUUUUUUGUUUUCUUUAUCAACUACCAUUGAAUAUUUGGGGCUUCUUUGUGGUCAAAAGUUGCCGAGAUUUUUUUGCACUUAUUCAUGUUUUUGUGUCGUUAGCAGAGGCUUGAUAAAUAAAUUCGUCUUAAAGAAAU